UCAUUUCCCUAUUUCUCAGCAGGUGGAGGGAUGAGUCUCUCCCCUGUGAUUGGCACAGAAGUGCCAGAAACUGCUAACGGGGUUGUGAUACCUGUUGUUUCGGAAAAUGGCUCCCAUGUUACAGUUUCUGUGAAAUGUGGGGGGAGCAGAGCGUCCUGUCCCGAGGAGUCAUCAGAGGACAGCUCCCUCGAAUACACAGACAACCAUGUGGAAAACAGAGCUUUUGGUGGUGGCCAUUUGGAUACAGGGAUGGCCUUUAAUGAGAGAAUGUCUCAUUUAUUGUCAGAAGCCAACUGGGUGACAGACCAGUCUCUCUCCGUAGCUACAAGCACAGGUGACUCUGAGUCAGGAUCUAUUCCUGAGGCUUUGGAUACUGUAAAGCCUCCUGAUGCAGUUCUGCUGUGGGACUCAACACGCACCAAAGACUCAUCACUCACCAUCACCACUGACAGACAGCGGACAGAGGCAGAGACUGUAGACAGAAGCACUGACAGCCGAGAGGACGAUGAAGAUGGAGCGAAGGAGAAACAAGAUGAGGAGGAAGAUGAGAAGAAUGAAAAAAAGUGGAGGAAUCAGUUUGCAGGAGGAAGGACCCAGAGGGGGUCUACACAGCACUACUCAUCCUCAGCUCCUGGUCCUAGCACGUCCUCUUCCUCUCCUCCACCUCCUCAUCUUUCCUCGGAUGACGGCCCCUGUCCUCCCCAUGUCAUGGCCCAGGUCUGGGUUCGCAAUGUGAGGGGGAUGCAGGAUAGCAAGAGCCUGGAUGAAAUUAGCCAAGCGUGUGGAGGCGGUUUGGGAGCUCGGGGAGGCGGCAGAAGUGGCCAGUCAGAGGGGCGACGGGCUACAAUCUCCUCGGCUCUGGAGCUAGAGGGGACGGUUAGUCAGGAAGGUGACCUGACUCAUUUCAUCACCAAGAAUUUAGAGCAGAAGAUAAAGAUGAGCUCCAAGCCUAGUCUGGAUUGCAGUGACUCGGACUGUUCAGGGCCAAUCUAUCGAAGUCGAGGGUUGUCACGGAGACCAGCCGAUAUUCCACCUAUUGAUCCCACGGUUCUGCUGGACCUUCAGAGACACACACAGGACGUGGCACACAGUGUGGAGAUGAUGAUGCGAAGCCUCAAUGGAACCAUCCAGAAUAUGACAGCUCUGAGUGUGGGCUACAUCCAGACCUAUAGGGACUCGGUGGACAGCCUGGGAGAAUCUGUGGACAUGAGUAUUAAGGGCAUGUACACGCUGAUGGCUCGCUGUGAGGAGUUGGAUCGUUCCAUGCAGCCCAUUCACACGCUUGCUGCACAGAUCCGCGACGUCAAGCGCACCCUGGACGCUCUGGAGGCGAUCUGCAAGUAACACUGCAUGUCUGGUACGAAAACACACCCCAGCUGCAAAGAUCUCCCAUCAAGCACAUCCUGAAUGAGGCUGUCGGCAAGUAUCUCCACCCCUCUGCAGGUACCGCACACACACUGCAGCGAAGAUUAAGUACACCCUCAGAGUCCUGGAAGCGUUGUUUACUAGGCAUGCUGGAUUAUUGGCGCUCAUAGUCCCCUCGGCCUGUCUAUUGUUUGAAGGUUUGAAGGUGACCAUGUAUGUGUCGUGAGAGGAAUUGCGGUUGAUUUCGUCUCGGGUCUGAGCUUUUUUUUUGUUUUUUUUGAAAGCACCUUCACUUCAUUUUAACCAUUUUGGAGACACUGAGGACGUGGGGGUGGAUGUCACGUGUUCCCACUUUACAGGAGGCAUUGUGUGUCGUUAUCCGUCCAGCCGGCUUGGUUCAGAUUGCACUAACCUCUCCUCCCCAUACGGGGGCGACAUUGCUCUCUCUGUCUCUCCCUGCCUGCAAAGAGGGACCAGACCAUACUGCUCUGAGGAGAAGACGAUGACUUUUGCACAGGAACACAAAGUCCGUUUUUUUAUCUUAUGCAACAAUGAUCAGAUUCUUUCACUCCAGGCUAAAUUAAGUGGAGCAUCACAUCCGUCCAUAUGUCAGUCUGCCAUUUUAAAUAUUCCAUUUUGUUAUGCAUGUUUUUUAAAAAACAUGGCCUCUAUGUGUCGCUGUGAACUGACCAGCUCAACUCGGGGGUCGGGGGGGGUUCAAAUAUAAUAUCAAUAUCAGAUAUUUCUUAAGAGCAGUGAGAUAAACCGUUGUGCUUGUCCUCUUCUGAUCAUCUCAGACUUCCCAUCGAUUAAAAAUAACAGGUAACCUUUUUUUUUUUAAUCAAGGAGCUGCCUCUGUCAUAUGUGUAUCUAGCACCAUGCAUCGUUUGAGUUAAAGUCUCACUUUGUCUGUCUGUGUCACUGCAAACCAAGAGGAUGUUUGGAACAUAACCAGAAAAAAAACCCCACUGUAGCCUUCACAUUGGAUUUAGAAAUUUGAAGUUUCAUUAAAAUUAGGAUUUUACUUUUAGGUCUCCUCUGAAGUAAAAACAGCACAGUUAAGGCGGAAAGAUGUUCAACCUGAAGCUCAAUUUGAUUUCAAUCCAUUCAAUUCUUCUUGACUGAAUUGGUUGCCCACCCGAAGCCAAUGACUUAAAGGAUCUGCUUAUCAUAAACAGUUUAAGAAGCAGUUUGAGGCUGAAAAAUCAUUGAUUACAUGUGUAGUUAUAUAUUGGGAACUCUCUAAUAAACACAAAUUGUAAAGGUUUGUUUCUGAAUGUCGAUCAAACGCAGUGUGUGAAGAUUUUCUUUUCUUUCAAAUGGAAACGGAAUAGUGUUAUACAUGGGAACGAUGGCUAAACAAGGUUAGGGCGCGACCUUGGACUUGUAUCUCUUAAGAAUUAAAUGGAAAGUGAGUAUUUUUAGUUUAAAAUAUGGUGAAGGAGCGUAGUGUGACCUGGCUGUUGCUUCAACAGCCUAAAGCCACGUGCAGCCAUUGAGCAUUGUACUUGAAUUAAUGAAGAGACUGUGGUACUUCUGUCCUUGCACUGGUGGGUAGCUGUGUCAUAAAUCAAUACAUGUACUAGCUUCUUGCACAUGUAUCACUGAAGGCAUGAAUAGUGUUUACUGGUUUUUGGUACGAGAGCUUUCUUUUCCAGGCUACGUUUUAGAAUAUAUUAUCCUCUUAAGUUAUAUCAGAGUAAAGAUGAAAUGAUUCUUGACAGAUACAGAUUGAUUUUGUUUGUUUUUUUGUUUUUAUUUAUGUUGUUCUUUUGUGGCAGGGACACAAAGAAAUGUCCAUGAUUUGAAAAUAGCUGACCACCUGAAUAAUUUCAAAUUCACUCGUACAAAUUUGUGAAUCAACCUUAACCCAUACUACGCUCUAUCAGCCUUCAGCUAAUUACAUUAGAAGAGUAUUUCAUUGUACACUCUCCAGAAAGGCCAAUAACAGACAACAAGGUGUGUGAAUGUUAACAUUAUCAUUGUACAGCCGGUAAAUCUGUCUCCAUAUAUUAGAGCAAUACUGCAAACACAGUAAGAACGCAUUUUAAUCUCUGCCAUUCUAUUGAAGCUUAAUACAAUUAAGUAAAAGUAAGUACAGUACUUGGAAAGUUCAAAAUGAAGUUUUAAUCUUGGCCAUAACAUUGAUGCUUAAAUCUAGUGUAAAAUAUAUUAUGUUUAGAAAUAUUUUCAAAGUGUUGUAUGGAAUUGAAACUUGGAGCAGCACCGUGACUCUGCGCUGUCUAAACUGUCUUUACCUGCAGCUUUGCACCUUUUUAAUGUGGUUUUACUACUGUGGGAAAAUAUCGACGUUACUGGCCGCCCAGAAAUCUGUGUCAUGUUACAAAAGGUUGCGAAAAUUCAAAGAGAGGCGCAGACAUAACUUAAAUUCAACCCAAUAAUAUGGAAAUAUUCUCGCAUGUCCAAAGCUGUACAGAUUAAAAAAAAUGUUCGCCGAAUGAACAUUCAAGCGUUUCAGUCGAUUUACUAAUGUGAGAUGAGAGGAAAUGUCAUUUUCUUGUCCAUAACAUAUAUAUAAAUGUAUGAUUCAUUAAUUUUCUGUUGUACAAUCAGUUCCCCCAGUGUACAUAUGAUCUCUUUCUGUAACUAAAAUGAUUUAGAUACCCUUCGUCUUGAGUGUAUAUUUUAUCGAAAAAUAAUAAAUGAAUUUACAUGAGCUGCAAAAACAAAUGUUGAAGUG